AUGGCAUCACCCUUACGAACCUGCGGUCCCUGCAUCCGCAGCCAAUACCUCCACAACACACGAAAUGCCCGCCUCUUCUCAACGCGAACCUCUCCCCUCCGCAACGCAAACGCAAACCCCCUCCGCACCGGCAAUGCACGCCCAAGCAAAACCCAAGACAUCGCCAACACCCGCCGGUCGAUGACCCGGUCCGCCGCGGGAAUCGCAGCCUGCGCGGUCGCGAUGUACGGAGUGAUCGAGCUGGAUGUAUUCGGUCUCAAACAGGCCGAACAAGCCAAGACAGAUGGUACUGCAUCCGGGACCGAGACCAGCUCCGGAGCCAUGAAAAUGGACGGACCACCAGGCUUCCCUAACGAUGCAAGCGGACACUCCGUAAUCCGCAUCGAGGGCCAAGACGGCGCGGACUUCGUCGAGACGGGAACCAGCACGAUCCCGCAUUUCCCGAGUACCAUUCGUCUUCCCAAGACUCUUGACGAGAACUUGAAUCCCGGUGAUGAUAUCCCAUCAUCGGUGGAGGAGGAUGAGUACCAGCUGUUGGGUCUGGGGAUCCGCACUGUCUCUUUCCUCUCUAUCCAGGUCUACGUUGUCGGGAUGUACGUCGCGACGGCUGAUAUCUCGGAACUCCAGCAGCGGCUCGUCCGCACCGCACUGAACCCACCCGGCGAUAAUACCAGCGCAGUUACCGGGGGUGCGGGCGCGAACUACGCUACGUCUCUAGUCCCAGGAGAGCGCCAACAACUCAAGAACCUCCUUCUCGACCCCGAAAAGGGCGAUGAUGUCUGGGAUGCGAUCCUAAAGAAGGACGGCCUGCGCACGGCUUUCCGCAUCGUGCCUACGCGGAACACAGAUUUCCUGCACUUGCGCGAUGGCUGGGUCCGUGGUAUCACCGCGCGCGCGCAAAAGGCUAAUACCCGCGCCAACGUUGACGCGAGUACCUCCGCACAAGGCGAAUACGAAGACGACACCUUCGGCUCAUCCCUGAACUCCUUCAAGGGUCUUUUCGGCGGUGGACAGCGGAAGAGUGUACCGAAGGGACAGAUACUGGUUCUGACAAGGAGUUCGCGCGGGGAACUUGAUGCGUUGUUCCGGCCUGGGGCAGGGAAGCCGGUUGCUUGGUUGGGACGGGUUGGUGAUGAGAGAAUCAGUCGGUUGGUGUGGUUGAAUUAUCUCGCGGGGAAGAAUGUGUCUAGUGAUGCUGCGCGACGGAGUGUGGUUGAUGGUGUUAUGGGGAUUGUGGAGAGGCCGGUUGGGACCGUUGUUCAGAAGAUUGUAUAA